UCCCCAUACACUUUCCGGUCGUGAUCAUAAUAACAGGUCUGAUUUGACAGGUGUCCUGUGUAAAGGUCACCCACUCUGGUUUAUAUUCGUGGUGUCAUAUCCCCGUCACGUUCGGCUGUAAGGGAUGAGCUUGCACCCAUUCUGCACUUCCGUAUUUAUUGGAUUUCAGACGUGGUCAGUCGACUGUUCAGAUGUACAUGUACGUCGUUUAUUGAGGCAGAGGAGUUUCCAGGUCAGUGUUGUAGUUACGCUUGGAAGAUAUCGUGAGGUUGUUAAACAACAUGGCGGCGAAAGUCAAAGGUUUGAUGGAACGUCUGCGCGAUGGUGAAACAGUCAUCUGCGCAGAGGGAUAUCUCUUCGUGUUUGAGCGACGUGGCUACCUGACAGCGGGCUCCUUUGUGCCCGAAGUAGUUCUGGAACAUCCAAAUCUAGUCCAGCAACAGUACGAGGAAUUCGUCCACGCCGGAAGUGACGUGGUACUAGCGUUUACGUAUUACGCCCACCGUGAGAAAAUGGCGCUGAUUGGUCGAGAGGACGAUCUGGAGACGAUCAACAAGCGUGCUCUGCGCAUAGCACGUGAAGUGGCUGACCGGACUGGUACCUUGAUGGCUGGUAACAUCAGUAACACCAACAUCUUUGUCGAUACCGUACCUGAUUAUCGAGAGAAAAUCUGGCAAAUUUUCAAAGAACAACUGGAGUGGAUUGUCGAGGCAGGUGCCGACUACGUUGUAGCUGAAACCUUCGAUAACUUUGGUGAGGCGUUACUAGCCACCCAGGCAUGCAAGGAGUUCGCAAAGGAUAUACCCUGCGUUGUAACGCUGACCAGUCACCAGGGUCUGGUGGACGGAAAGCCAGCGACUAUGGACGGCGUGAAGUACAACGAGGCGUUCAACCGACUAGCGGACGCUGGGGCUGACGUGGUGGGGUUGAACUGCACACGGGGACCGGCCACCAUGCUGCCCAUUCUGGAGAAAGCUGUCAAAGUUUGCAAGGUGCCUAUUGCUGCAGUACCAGUGACUUACCGAACCACCAAGGAACACCCCAAUUUCAUUUCUUCUAUUGACCCUAUUUCAGGUGAGCCAUUGUUCCCUGUGAAUCUGGACUGUAUCCAGUGUAACCGUAAGGACAUCCACGACUUUGGUAAGCGAGUCCAGGAACUGGGCAUCAAGUACGUGGGUCUGUGUUGCGGCAACUCGGCUCACCUCACCCGAAGCCUGGCCGAGAGUCUGGGCCGCAAGCCGCCGGCCUCCCGCUACACGCCAGACCUCAAUAAGCACUGGCUCUUGGGAAAAGACGAUAAAUUACCCUCACUUGGCCAAGAAUCCAAGAUGAAAUAUGCCCAAAUCAUACCCAAAGUGGAGUAAUUGCCGCUGAAAUAAUUGCAGUCAUGAUCUGUGGUGAACCAUGUUGAAAUAAGACAAGUUGUUUUGAGGUGUAUUUCCUAAGAUAAACGUCUUCUGGAAAUUGUUCACUUAAACUCAGUCUGGUACCGUACAUGUAUAAGCAUACAUUAAUGAUUUUCUUUUUAUGACAGUGCAUUUCAAUAAAGCCCACACAACAAAGCAUAUACAUGUACAUGUAUAUUGGGUACACUGGAGUAGCUUUCACGGACAGGGCUACCCUCACCGGAGAAGGUCCCAGUGGGACUGCCAAGUGUGGCAAAGGAUCGUACUUAAGGAGAUCUCAUCAUAACCCCAAUUUGUCAUGAAGCUGGACCUGCGUCCGCUUCAAAGACAUCUUUGACCGAAUAAGAGGCAGGCGGUAUUGAUAAACGCAACUGAAACAAGACAUGAUGAAUGUUAAAGCUAUAAAUUGGGGUCUACCUUGACACGCCUGAAUAUCGAAAGUAAUAACCACAGACACCAUCAGUAUAUGUAUUUUUGAAACAGUAUUUUGUGAAACUAUCGUUUAUUUCAAUACAUGUCUGCAAAGAAGUGAAAAUAUAUUCAAGUAUCUCGAAAUAUCUUACAAGUUUAUAGUCGGUGAAAAACACUACUAGGUCAAACGUGGUAAUAGCAAAGUGAGGAGCAUGUAUGCAAUUUCACAUUAUAACCAUUCUACGUAUAAGUUGAUUAGAUACAGAAUAUACACAUUGCUCAUGAUACAUUUUUAAAUAUUUCGUUGAAAACUGCUUAGUACAAAUUAGUGUUUUGAAAACAUUGUAAGGACGGAUAUGAAGAAAGUUAUACACAUAAAAUUUGUAAAUAAAUAAUUUGGGCUCUGGAUCUUGGACCUUCAUCUACGUAGGGCAAAUUGUCGAGUUAAAUGAAGGGAUUUUAUUACUGGGCGUUUCUGCAUCUAUCGAUCUAAGAUUGAAGAAUAACAUUAACAAGAAAAAACAA